GGCCCCGCCGCCGCCAUGGGCUGCCUCGGAAACAGUAAGACCGAGGACCAGCGCAACGAGGAGAAGGCGCAGCGCGAGGCCAACAAAAAGAUCGAGAAGCAGCUGCAGAAGGACAAGCAGGUCUACCGGGCCACGCACCGCCUGCUGCUGCUGGGUGCUGGAGAAUCUGGUAAAAGCACCAUUGUGAAGCAGAUGAGGAUCCUGCAUGUUAAUGGGUUUAAUGGAGAGGGCGGCGAAGAGGACCCGCAGGCUGCAAGGAGCAACAGCGAUGGUGAGAAGGCCACCAAAGUACAGGACAUCAAAAACAACCUGAAGGAGGCUAUUGAAACCAUCGUGGCCGCCAUGAGCAACCUGGUGCCCCCCGUGGAGCUGGCCAACCCUGAGAACCAGUUCAGAGUGGACUACAUUCUGAGCGUGCUGAACGUGCCCGACUUUGACUUCCCACCUGAAUUCUACGAGCACGCCAAGGCUCUGCGGGAGGAUGAAGGAGUGCGUGCCUGCUAUGAGCGCUCCAACGAGUACCAGCUGAUCGACUGUGCCCAGUACUUUCUGGACAAGAUCGAUGUCAUCAAGCAGGCCGACUACGUGCCCAGUGACCAGGACCUGCUUCGCUGCCGUGUCCUGACCUCUGGAAUCUUUGAGACCAAGUUCCAGGUGGACAAAGUCAACUUCCACAUGUUCGAUGUGGGUGGCCAGCGUGAUGAACGCCGCAAAUGGAUCCAAUGCUUCAAUGAUGUGACUGCCAUCAUCUUCGUGGUGGCCAGCAGCAGCUACAACAUGGUCAUCCGGGAGGACAACCAGACCAACCGCCUGCAGGAGGCUCUGAACCUCUUCAAGAGCAUCUGGAACAACAGAUGGCUGCGCACCAUCUCUGUGAUUCUGUUCCUCAAUAAGCAAGAUCUUCUCGCUGAGAAAGUCCUUGCUGGGAAAUCGAAGAUUGAGGACUACUUUCCAGAAUUUGCUCGCUACACUACUCCUGAGGAUGCUACUCCCGAGCCCGGAGAGGACCCACGCGUGACCCGGGCCAAGUACUUCAUUCGAGAUGAGUUUCUGAGAAUCAGCACUGCUAGUGGAGAUGGGCGCCACUAUUGCUAUCCUCACUUUACCUGCGCUGUGGACACCGAGAACAUUCGCCGUGUGUUCAACGACUGCCGCGACAUCAUCCAGCGCAUGCACCUUCGUCAGUACGAGCUGCUCUGAGAAGGGAACCUAAAUUUAAUUAAAGCCUUAAGCGCAACUAAUUAAAAGUGAAACAUAAUUGUACAAGCAGUUAAUCACCCACCAUAGGGCAUGAUUAACAAAGCAACCUUUCCUUUUCCCCCCA